UGACGCGCUGCAGGAGAACAGAACACGGGCUUGCCUGGUGCUGAUGCUGCGGAGGAUCAUGACACUCUCACAUGAGAUGAUGACAGCCUCAUCCAGGCCGCAGGUCCAUGAGGGACGAUGGCUCGAUGGAGACUCUAACUGACAUGGAUGUUUCAUGUGACAAAACUCAGGGUCAAAGAUGAAUAUGGCAAAGAGAGACUAUCUGGUGGAGGCCGCUCAGCAGAUCCGCAUGGCUCUGGACAGAGAAGUCAAUGAGGAUUAUGAGGCGGCGUUCAGCUACUAUAAGAACGGAGUCGAUCUGCUGCUCAACGGAGUUCAAGUGGAUCCGAACAAGGAGCGUCGCGAGGCGGUGAAGCGUAAGACCACUCAGUAUCUGAAGAGAGCCGAGGAUAUCUUCAUAUCAUACCUGCAGGACAACAUCUCAAAGGGGUCCACACAUUUAGGGGGUUACAGCAGUUUAAGGUUCAGGUCCAUCAGACAUCUGAGUUCACCGGUGGAGAAUCUGUCCAUGUGUAGGGUGCUUGGAGUGCUGGAUAAGGUGCUGACGGUGGAGAGUGUGAUCAGCGGAGAGAAGUUUAUCGUGAAGAGUUUAUCUAAGUCCAGCUGGGAGAGUCGUGAGAGGUCCACCGUCAUUCCUCAGGGCGUCCCGUUCAUGGUGAAGCUGCUGAAGUAUUACGUCAGUGAAGACUCCGUGUUCCUUCAACUAGAACAUGUGCAAGGUGGAAGACUGUUUUCCAGACUGCGUAAAGUUAGACUCAAAACAUCUUUGGAGUAUCCAGACUGCUCGAGUCCCAACCAGCACAAGAUUCCCAUGAAGAACAGCUACACCCUCCCCGUCCUCAGCCGUGAGGACCUGAACGACAACGGAUCUCUGCUUCUGUGUGAACCUCUGGGCAACGGCCUCACGUCUUUACCUCAGGAGAAUCUUCCUCUUCCCGUUCAUCCCUGUGUCAUCGUGGACGCUCGGGAUCCUCUCGAUGUCACUUCCGACCUUUUAGGAAACGAUGUCCACAUCGAGCGGAUGGACUGGAACGCUUUGGAAGGGUCAAUCUGUGACGUUCUGGUAAGAAACACGACAGCUCCGCAACUGACCCUCUGCAGCACCGUCGACGUUCUUUCACAGAGAGUUCGGAUCCUUCCCAACACUUCCCAACACGAGCACACUGUCCGUCACUCCAAACCCGCUGGAAACGCACAGCCUUCACAGUUUGUGGCUGAAUUAAGUGUCGUUCAUUCUCAUCACUGUCCGUUUCAAAAACAAGAAGUCUUCACGGAGUCGACUCAUCAGGUGAUCGCUCGCGGUGAUGUCUGCGGGAGGUGGGGAAUGGAGAAUGGAAACGUUCUCAAUCCGUUGUAUAAACCGCUGCAGAUGGACACGAUUUUCAGCUCAUCAGGUAACUGCACUCUCACUGGAGAGUCUGGACUGAAAGAUGCUCGUGGUGACGGCUUGUGUUCUGAAGUAAAGUCAAAGAUCAGGAGGGCCAGAUGGAAGCGAGAUGGAAGAGGUUUUCCAGAAGAAGAGGUUCGGCUGUGGGGAGCUCAGAUUCUGUUGGCUCUGGAGAGUCUUCAUGAGCAAGGCAUCAUCUGUCACGACCUCAACCCACGAAACAUCCUUCUGCGCAGUAACGGUGAGGCGUGUCUUACAUAUUUUGGACAGUGGACGGAGGUUCAGCCUGAAAUUAACCCAACAGCAGUGGAACAAAUGUACGGUGCACCGGAAAUUGGAGGCGUGUUAAAGAUCACCGAGGCCUGUGAUUGGUGGAGUCUUGGAGCUAUACUGUAUGAGCUUCUUACUGGAGUGCCGCUGUGGCAGUGUCAUCCGUCAGGUAUUCAUCCUCACACUCCUCUCUAUAUCCCUGAGACCAUGAGCACUGCGGCGGCGUCUCUUCUCACUGAGCUGCUGCAGUUUGACGCGGGUUAUCGUCUGGGCUCUGGAGGAGGCGGCGUGAGCGACAUCAAGUGUCAUCCGUUCUUUCACUCCGUCCCCUGGCUCACACUAGCUGGUUAAAGCACCGCCAGUGCCUUCAGAAACAUUUCACUUCUCUGUCUCAAAAUGAACAAAUGUUUUUAUUUUUCACCUUUUAUUCAUCAGUUUGUCAUGUGGAAUCUGCUCUUGAUUCGGGUGUUUGUUGCUGAUUUUAGGGUAAAUCUGCAGAAUGCUGCGGAACGUAAACACGGUAAAGAAAUGACACGCAGAAUGUUGUGUAGAUCUUUGUGAAUGAUGAAGCGUCUGCUGAGGUGCAGGUCUUCUCUUAAAAUGACACCUGCGUUGAUUGAACCUUUUAAAACCAAAAAUGGGUUUUCUCAGUUUCUACAAAUCUUCUCUAAACAACGUCUUGAAAUUGACGACGAGUGUUUGAUCACGGCUUUAAUGUGACCCCUCAAGAUACCAAAAUAUCUGUCAUAAAAUCUGUCAAGUGGGUUUGAGAGUGUCAUUUUAGCAGAACUGAAUGAGGGUGUGAAAGAGCUGUCAGGAGGAUUGUUGUGCUUUAUCUCCAUCUGCUGGCACGAGAAGCGACACACAUCAGCUGUUCUUACACUCACACAGAGUGUAGUGAAAUAAAUGUGUAUGUGAAGUCGAGCGUCUGAAGAAUGAAUGGUCAGUAUAGAAUGUAGAUCCUGAGAGUUUCUCAGUUUGCACAUUAAGGGCAUUAAAACUGAGCUUGCUGUAAUGCAGACGCGAAGGUGAAGUGCAAUAUGACCGAAAGCAAACUUGUUCAAGCACAUCUCACCAUUUUUAUUCGUUCACGCCAUGAACGUCAUUCUUUAGGGGUUGCAAUUAAAAAAACACUCUCAGAUAGUACAGGUACGUCUGUAAGACGUCUGCUAAGGAUCUGGAAAACAUCUGCUGUCUAUAAACUGCUAAACGUCUUAAAAACAGCAAUUUUACUUCCAUUCGAAAUCAUAAAGAUCUUACAGACAUUUUCUAGAUGUAUAUCUGACAGCAGACGUCUCAGAGACGUAUAACAGACGUCUGCCAGAUGUCUGUGUGCUAUAAGGGUUCAAUUCGUAUUCAAUGUGCAGUCUGAAUAAUAAUAAUAAUAGUAAUACUAAAACAGAUCGACCUGUGAGACUUUCAUUCUGCUCAAUUAAACAAAUUUUUUUUGAAUCAAAAGGUGCAUUUCACUUUAUUAACCGUCGAUUACAAGCUUUUGAUAUGAUAUAUAUAUGGUAGUAAAAACACUCAUAGUAUAUGAAAAAUAAUAAAUGAGUUUUUAUGAAGUGUUUUUAGGAACUGUCAUUGCUUGAGGUCAACUAAAACGUUGCUGUUGGACUGAGAGCUGUGCGUCAAAUCCAAACAGGAUCUAAAUGUCACUGAUGUUCAGUUGUGUUGUUGAAUCCAGUUGUGCAGUGAUGAUGCGAGCGACUGGUGAGGUCUGGAUUAUAGGAAGGUAACGAGCCGAGACGUUAGGCUCGAAGGAUUUGUCGCCUGGAUGCAAUAUGAGUUUGUUUGUGCUAUGAAAUCUUUCAAGAGUCUUUGGCAGGAAACACUGAAGCGAGACAUCGGUCUGUAGUUUCUACAGCUGUGGGCUGAUGGGUUUGUAGCCCCACUUUGCUUGAAUGUGGCUGGAAAGUUUCCAGCAGUCAGAGAUGUGUAGAUGUCAGUGUGGCUUAGAAUUUUGAGAAGGUGGGUUAACGUUGGAGAAAUUGUCGAAUUAACCGCAGCACUACAAGCUUCCUCUGCAAGAUUCUUCAUUUUUAAAGCAGUAAAACCCACAUUCAGCAUUCUCUUUAUUGAUGAACUAUGACCGGUGAUCGAAACGAAUAAACUCCUGGUAUUCGGUUUUUAAUCUGUUAAUCGUGAGAAUGACAAACCAACUGACCACAAACUAUCUUUAGUAUUUGACCAAACGAUUAGCUAUGUCACCACAUCCUGACCUUCAGCUGAAGACAUGAGCGACUGGAACGCUCUUUCACUUUCUCCAGAAGCCUCGUGUGCGUGUUAAACACCACCACACAAAACUCCACAUCUUGAAGGAGAAACAUCGACUGAUUCUCUUCUGGAAAUGGCAGUCAGUCCUGUUUGAAUACACUUCUAUUCAUAAGACAUUUAACGCUUUGCAAGAAAUCACAUUUCAUAAAGCUGAAUCUACGCUUAUCCUAAAAUGUUAAUAAUUAUUUUAGUUAUUUAUGUCAUUUUAUCAAACAAAAUGUUUUACAGUUUGACGAAACACUUCAGAAAUCGUCAAAUCUAUUGCCGAUAUUGUUUUGAUUUCAGCGUUAUUUUCAAGUUGCUCACAACAGAACUUAAAAAAAAAAGGCCAGCAGUUGCCAAUUUAUUUUAUGCUCGGCGUGUUUUGCGAUGCAAAGUUGCUCAAUUCUCCACAACGGUCCAAUCACAGUGCAGGAAAAAUCCACACCAACCAAUCAGUACAUCCUACUUGUAACGACUGGAAAAAAUGCAGAAGCUAUGCCAUCUUCAAGACACCUCUGAUUUAGAAUAAUGUCCACCUUAACACACAAGUGGUUUAGCAUGAGAUUAUGGGAUUAAGGGAUUUUACACAAGACAAACAGAACAGAGAGGUCGUGAGACACAAAAUCUGUCAAUUCAUAAUUAAUGUGAUAUUGUGAUGAAGAAAACAAGUGUGAUCUUUAAAAGCACCUGCACUCUUUCUGCAGACAAGGGUCUGACACAAUUCAGUAACACUACAAAAUACUUGAAAUGUUAUACAUUUCAGACAGAAACAUGGAAAUGAAAGCUGAAUAUUUAAUGGACUGACUGAGUUUACAUACAGGGACAAUUUAAGGACACACAUCUUCCCCUUAAAAUUUUAAGGUUCUAUCUGAUAUUUUGGUCAAAAAUGAGUUAUUCACAUAUUCUUAUUCUGUGACAACUUAUUUACAUCAUGACAUGUUUGUUUAAAAAAACCAAAUGGUUCUAUCUACAAAAUCGAAUUAUAAUUUGGUGCUAUAAGGUUCUAUCUGCAAGAGCCAAUCAGCAUUUUGAAUGCACAAGAGGACCAAUCUGGAUCAGCUUUCUUCAUCAUGUGACCGGACUCCUCAGUGACGGGAAAUGUGAGGAAACAGUGCAACACUAAACAUGUUUAAAAGAAGCCUCAAGGUUUUAUUGAUACUCUUGUCAACGAGAGCAGAUCAAACAACAGUAUUUCUGUAUUGUUCAAAGUUUUGUUGAGGAGAUUCUUUUUUUUAUAUUUAUAGGCCCAACACUAGCUUCCUUAUACCGAUAGACUCUUUUAAUGCAGUUAAUGCCAAAUAGUCAACAAUGUCAAGAGUCUUGAUAACAACAUUAAACACGUAUUUUUCUCGUAUAAAAGAGAUUUGUUCCUCAUAUCAUUUUUGCUAUAUGAAAUGCCCAAAACUUAAAAGCUUGAUAUCUCAAAACUACUCAGACCGCAGAUAGAACCUUAUAAUUCCAAGAUGACGAUAUUUCUUAUCUUUAGAUCAUACUUGAUUGAAGAUUUUUAUUUAUUUGAUGUACGCUCAUGGGUGAGAAUCAUGUCUGCAAUUACUUUGUUUUGUGGUAUAUUAUUUUGU